GACUCCGGCGACAAGCCUGCGUUUGGCGCGAAGAAGCGCGGUGGGGGUGCGCAGACUGGAGUGAGCAAGACACGCAACAAUGGGCAAGAGACGGACGAAGACGGCAAGCCAAAGAAGUAAGCCCCCGUCUUCUUCUCCGACUACACCACGGGCUGCGGGUCGAUUACCGACGCGACUACACACAAUGCACUACGAGACAGCAGGAGCGAUCCGCACGGGUGUCGCCCGUGGCCCAUUCUGACCGAACACACUAGUAUCCCAUUCGUUCCCAUGAAGAAAUACGGCACCGUAGAGAACUCGACUCCGCAUGCAAAAGAUGACUACCACAACCGAUUCCUCUAUCUACAAAAUGCGCAACCCAGCUGGCGCAAGCAGCUGCAGGAGAAAGGGCUUAUGAACCCUGAUGGGCAAAUGAAGCUCAGCGACUCGGUCAAGCUGAUCGGCCGCUGCAACGACAUAUGUCCAGAAUUCGAGAGGGUGCGCAGGAUAGAUCAGAAGGACUACAAGCGUCCAGAAUGCACGCCCGAAACCGAGCACCUCGAAUACAGUGCCCGAAUACCAGACGAAUCGCGCAUGGUGAAGGCCUUCACUCGAUCUUCGGCCGGCGCUGACGUGGAGCUGGUCAUCGACAUUCGGAGUCCAGCAGCCUGUUUGAAAACCGUCAACUACCUCUUUAGCCGCCUGGACAAGGAAGGUUUCGAUUACCUACACGCUUGGAUCUGGGACCGCACCAGAUCAGUCCGCAAAGACCUACGUACCCAGGUCGUCGAAAAGCCCACCGAUAUCCGCACACUCCUCGUGUGUUUGGAAGCGUCCGCGCGGUUCUACCUCUUGUCGAUGCACCAGAUGGCCCAGAGCGAGAAGGAGGACUACUCGCAUCAACAGGACAUGGAGCAGUUCAACCAGACCUUGACCACAUUGCGGGAACGAUAUGACGACAAUCGACGAGCGGGGAUACCGUCCGAUAAUGAAGCCGAGUUCGUCGCAUACCGCCUCAUUCUAGCCUCGCUAUACGCCAACAGUCAACUCGAGAAUGAGCUCCACAGCCUGCCGAAUGGCCUCCGUAAUAACAAGCGUGUAUUGACUGCAAUCGAGAUCUUCAAAGCAGCCAAAUCAGCCUUCAACUUCGGUUCAGACAAGAGUUGGGUCCAGGCGCAUGCCAACUGGAAGAAGUUCUGGGUUCUCAUCAAAUCGCCUAGCGUGUCGUAUCUCAUGGCAUGCGCCGCUGAAGUCAGCUUCAAUCGUGUCCGUCACGUUAUCCUCGACUCAAUAUGGCAUGCAUACAGGAGGGGAGGUAAAGGAGAUGUAAGCGUUGAAGCUUGGACGACCGACAAACUCAAGCAUGUGCUCGCGACAGACGACGACAAGGACGCUGUCAAGCUUUGCGAGCUAUAUGGCUUCCAGUUUGAGCGGAACGCGGAGGGCCGUACGUUCCUGGACAUCUCAAAAUUGGGCAACAGCAAUAAGUCAUUAGGCGUUCCCCAUAGCGUCAAGCCGCAGAUGUUCUCACAGGGCCUUGUGGAAGCCAAACGACACAAUCGAGCUUUUUCGGCAAUCAUUCGGGGCAUGACAGUGCAGCAAGCGAAGACUAGCGGGUUACUGGUAGACCCGAGCUCAAUACGGACUGGAGGUGAGGACUCGCUUUUCAUUCCUGAGACUACUGCCCCGGCGCUGAAGCCGAGCCCCUUCGACCAAAACACGAACGGCGCCACGACAAAUGGUACUUCAAACCUCAGUCCUUUCGCCUCGCCAUUUCAACCUCCAAGCCAAACAUCGUCCGGUACUUCGUCGCCGAACCCGUUCGGAAAUCCUUUCGCCAGUGCAACCCCGCAGAGCCAGCUUGUACAAGGCACCUCUUCCCCAGCGUUUGGUAGAGGAGCUUCCCCUGGGACUUUCGAUGCGACCACGAAUACGAUCAAGUUCGCACCCACGCUUGCCUCAAAUACCAACAACAAUCCUUUCGCUGCAAACGCAGCAACGUUCCCUCCACAGUCUACGAUCCCCGCCUCAACACCACCUGAUUCUUUCAAUUUUGGUGCUAAUGCAUCUCCGGCGCUUCCAGGGCUACCAUCGGUUAGCCAGGCUACACCAGCCUUUGGUCAACCCAAUGGUCGACCUGCUUCUGAUGCAUCGAAGCCUUUUGUCUUUCCCGGCUUGCCUGAGCUGGAUGCGAGACUGAAAAGUGGACAGCUGCCAGGGGCUUCCACUACACCGGCAGGGUCGCCACCACAGUCUGAUGCCGCAACGCAGGCCGCCGAGAAGGAGAAGGCCGAGGCUGAUGCACGAGCGGCUGUGCUGAAGCAGAAGCGAGAGGCAGAAGAGCGGCGCAAAAGAGAACAGGAAGAGCAGGAGCGAAAAGCAAGAGAAGCGCAACAAGCACGGGAAUCGGAGCAGCGACGGAUUGAGGAAGAGAAACAACGACACUUUAGGGAUCAACAACAGAGGGAACUCAGGGCGAAGGAGGAGCGAGAGAGACUAAUCCGGGAGGAACAGCAGCGACAACAGCAGAGAGAGCAGGAGCGACUGGCACGAAUACGGCGACGAGAAACAGCAUACAAUGCACUAACAUCAAACAUCGUAUUCAGCGGAGAGGAGGGUCUUUUGUAUCAAUUCCUGGAGAACACGGUCAAAAACGUUGCAGAAGAGAGCCAUGCGGAGUGGCAGACCGAGAAGCGGCGGAAGCGUGAGGCGGCGGAGAAAGAGGAGAAGCGAAAGGUAUUUGCACGGGCAGUGUUCACGCACUGGGUUGCACAGGUGCAAAAAAAGAGGCGUAACACUAAAGCGAGAGAGAGGAGGAAGCGGCUCAAGGCACAGCGAGAGCAGUCAAUCAAUGGUGAAGGUGAAGCUGUGAGCGAGACUCGCGCAACUGAAUCGGUAGCGAGCACAGACCAGGCCAACGGCGUGUCAACAAUAAACGCGCCAACCAACGGGCGACGCGCCAGACGAACGCAAGAACGCCGUGCAAGCGCGGCAGCCGACCAAAUUACCCAAGGCAACACAAACUCGCAACCGCGAGCUGAUUCAUCACAUCAUACACAGAGCCAUAACGACUCAGGCACAAUGACCAACAGCCAUCACGUGCGCAGCUAUUCCGAGGCUUACCAGAAGUCGACGGCGCCCAUCGACCGGACAGAGACCGACUGGUUCAAGCUCCGGGCUAUGGGCAUUAACCCAAGCAAGCACCGCAAGAGAAGCUUCGACUCAGCUACCGACGAGGAGCCUAAGGGAGAUGCUGAAGCGAAGCGCGUACGCAGGUCUGACUCUACUGCAUCUCUGACAUCACAACCCCAAGCCCAGCCUGAAGCUCCUUCAAAGCCGCUCACCAUCGAGGAGCGCUUGGCUCGCAUUCGUGCAGCAAAGCAGUCUUUCAGGACAUCUGGUUCAGGAUCGCCACCCGUCAAUGGCACGACCCCCAACAAGCGCUCCUCCCUCAAAGGCCGCUCCAGCCUGCUGAUUGCCCAGGUGCGAGACCUUAUCGCCAAAUCUCCUACCCCAAAGCAGUCACCUAUGACUGUCCACAACUUCGGCCGCAGCGUUCCCAACCUCGGUGCAUCAACGUCCUCCUUCCGCCAAUCUAUCCUCGGCAAGAGCGUUGGUGCCGCGCAAAGCAAUAAGCCUGCGUACUGGGGCCGCGCUAGCCGCUUCGUCCCCCAACAUCUUUAUGGCAAAGGCCCAGAAGCCAUCCGCGCGUACCGCGACCAGUAUGUCAGCUCGCCAACCAGCACACCGCGACCUCUCAGCACCGAGCCGCUUAUGCUGUCUUCACCCAUCCCCACGCAGUGCUCGUACGUACCGCAGCCGGGCUACACCCAGCGGCAGUACAGCGAAGAUGGCAGCGCGAGUGGCGUCGACCUCGUGGAUGUCGAUGCCGAGGAUAACGUUCCUGGCGAUACCGAAGAGGACUCAUUCGACGGCGACGACGAAGAAGCGGAGUAUGACGAAGACGAAGAGGACGAUGAGGUCGACGAUCCGACACAAUUCGAUGCUUACGCCGAAGAGUACGACGAGGAAGAGGAUCAGCAUUCCGCGCAGCCCGGAAGCAGCUUUGGCGGUAUCGGCCCGGGAGCCACGCAGGAUGAUGCCAUUGAGCUGUCUGACUAGACUUGCUCACCUGAAGGACAUAUUUGUAUAUCAUAUCGACCGGCAUCUGGCAGCAUAGCGUUGGCGUUUUGAUUUGCGUUUGGUAUCAGCGGAUCGACGGGGCGGUCCGCGAGUCAUGUUCUAGAAUAUUGUAUAUGGAGGUUUCGAUACCCG